CAAGCGUGUGAACCAGUGCGAGGACGACCGCCGCCGUGUCGCGUUACGUUAUAUUGUAUUGCCGGGCCGCCACUGCGCGCUGUAGCCGCGGUCACACGUCAGUCCGGACGCGCGUUUUUCACUCUCUCAUUCACUCUCUCUCUCUCUCUUUCUCUCACUCUCUCUCCGUCCCGGCAGUCUCUUUUUAAUCGGUUUUCCGCCGUCAGAAAUGCACGGCAGAAAGAUGUCGUUUUCCGCCUCGGAAGUCAGGAAGCGGUAUAUAUGGUCGGACCGGGAGACCGAACACUUCAUCAGGCUCAUCAUCGAAAUGGGAAUGACCAACAUGUUGGACAGCAAGAGGUAUCUAUACCCACUACCUAUACCUACCUAUCGACAAAAAUGCGCGCGGCGCCGUAGACGUUUUUAAAGUUUUAACGAUCUUUGACGAUAGUGAUUAUUGUGCAAUAAGAACGCUGCCCGCGCGAUACCCGAUAACGAGGACGGGGCACGACAGUGACGGUAUUACGUAUUUUACUAAUGCCGGUUACGGAAUUACGAUAAUAUUUAGCGUUAUUAUCAUCGGCGCGCGCGUUACAAUGACGCGAACGCACGUCGUCCGCCCGCGACAGCCGGCGGGCGGACGACGAUAAAAGUGAUAAUGAACGACAAUAUUCCGUGUGAUACCGCGUUAAUGGUAUAGUGUUGCGCGAGCCGUGCGCCGGCGCGUUGCGUCUCGCACACCGAAUCGGGAAUUCGAACGUAACGGCGGCGGUGGCGGCGGCGGCGGUAGCGGUAGCGGUGCGGCGUCCGGUGCCGCCGGUGGCUAUCGUCGUCGGUGCGGAGCGGAGCGACGGGGAACUCGGGGUUAUCGACGGGGUGGUUAGGACGAGGGAAAAAAAAAGAAAAGACCGAAUUCGCCUGUGGGUCGGGCCGGCGGGCAGCUGGCGACGUACGAAACGGGAAAAUGUAAAAAAAAAAAAAAAAAUUAUAAUAAUAAUAAUAACAAUACUCGCGCCUCGAAACCGUUUCGGUCGCGUUCGGUUCGCCGACGCCAUUUUACCGGCACGUUCGGACGAUAAUACGUAUAGUGUACAGCUAGUAUUGUAACAAUAAUUACGAUUCGUUUUCUCGGCCGCCGCCGGUCGUACCUAUUAAUUUUUUUUAUGAUAAUUUAAUAUGUCGUCACAGGGAAAAAACAAAAAAAAAACAACGUACGUUACAUAACAAUACGACCGUGUGUUGUUUUCGUAUCCUUUUUUUCCCCCUCUCUCUCUCUCUCUCUCUCUCUGUAGCGUAUAGUGGGUACCUACGCGCUCGUUCGAUUUGUUUUUUUUUUUUCCGUACAUUCGAUUUUUCCCGUACUACGCGACAUUUCGCAUUUCGCUAACAAUAUUGUUGUUGUUGUUGCCACCGCGCACGACGACGGACGAAAUUCGAUUACUUACGGCCUUUAAAACGCAUAAGCGACCCAAUCGUUUCGCGCCCGUAGGUAUAUUUUAAUAAUAUUAUUGUUGUGUAUAUAUUUGAAUAUACGAAUAUACGAAGUCUCGUCCGUGCGGUAUUUAAUCGUGUGCCUCGACCUACACGUGUAACCGCUACCCGAGUACAGAUUGCAUUAAGUAUAAGACACGUAAUCGUAUUUACACGGUACGGAAUUAAUAAAUAACAUUACGCAUCAGAGACGCAUAGUUUUUUUAUUAUUAUUCGCGUACCUGCCGGCCGCGUAUAAUGCGCCUCGUCGUCGUGUCCGUGCGCCGCGGCCGGCAAAUUAUCAUAAUAACAUAAUAUUAUCGUAUAAAAUUUAAAAAAACGAUAUUGUAAUACUAUGACUUAUAGGCGUGUAACAUAAUAAUUAUCGUUGUAAUUAAAUAGAAUCGUCGACAGACGUAUACUGCUCGGGUACGAUGUUUUUUCGAUCGCAGGGGGUCGAGGUUAGGUGUUAUAUCCCUCCCCCCCCCGGUCGGCUUAAAAAUACAAAAACCCACGAGUAAUUUUACAUGGAAAUGCGUAUAUAUCAGCAAAGAGGGGAAAAGUUCGGUGAAAUUUAUUAGAAAUUUGCUAUUUUUUUUUUUAGGAUCCGGCCAUUACCAAUUCCCCUUAGCCGAGUUGAGUAGACGAUUUUACGAUUCUCAUUCGCUUCAUCCCCUCCCAUUGAAAACUCCCGGGCACGCCACUGCGCCGGGCCGUCGGGUUUUGCGUCUGAGUGAAUCCGACCCGUUACCAAACACAAAAACGAGAACGUGACGGGAUACGGGUGCGCGAAAUAUCGCGGUUUUAAAACGCUUGUAUUUCGUUUGAAAGUUAAAAUAACCGGGGAAAAAACCGCUGGUUUUGUCUUGUUUUUAAGUUCGGUUCGAUUCGCUGUGGUACUGUGGAAUCGAGUGAGCCCCGAUAGUUAUCCCUGCUGAACGAAAAUUCGCUGUGUCGUACGACCGAAACGGCUCACGCGAGUAUACCGCGAGAAGAAGUGAUACCCAACAACGUGGCGUCCGUACGCAGAUUGCGCAUAACUCGUUCAGUUUCCGUUAAUGAGUAAAAGCGCCUGUCGUAAAAUCAAAAGAGCGAGACGUUGUUUAAAAAUGUGGGAUUAGCGGUUAUUUCCAAACGACGUAUUCGGAAUAGUAUUGGACGGGAAAAAAAAGUCGUCUUGCCCUCCGGAACAUCGGUCUUUUUUUUUAAUUGAUGUACAAUAUGUAAGUCGUUUUACAAUAAAAACGAAAACCGAACGAGUUCUACGCAGUCCGUUAGUGAGCCACGUCGCCCGUCGGUUGGCCGGCCGAGACGACACAUGCGGGUAUCACGCCAUCUUAUAAACAAAUCGACCGGAAAACGGUACCACUGAAAUACGCGGCGACCUCCUCACCGGUAACCAUACCAACCUGGGUAACCACGUGUCGAACAAAACCAACCACUGUUCUACAAGUGGUCCGUAUUUUAAUUUGCUGCCGUUAUUAUUUUCCACGCUUUUACUAUCGGACCGUUAUUAUUUUCUAUAUUAUAGAGUACGCAGUGGUCGCCCUCGUUUAUAAUAAUACCGUGUACAGAUUUUUUCAAGUUUUACUCGAGUGUUCGAGUGCCUGUGUCGGCUGAGUGAAUGUAAACGACGAAAUUAUUAUUUUUUUUCUAAAAUUCCACGCGUGAACUGCGACAGAAAUACAGAAAUAGUCGACGACAAUAAUAUUACAAAUUGAUCACUUUUGACUGUGGUCUUGAUAUCCGACUGAUAGCUGAUAUUAGUACAUACGCACUAGUGAUGACCACUAAUACCGAAUAGUUACUAUCAAACUGUUCGAUGAUUGUUUCAAACUAGGUAUUCGAUAUAGUCAAAAAACUAUUCGGCAUUGAAAAAAAUUACUAGGUUGUGGAAAAACUAUUCGAUACUGUAGUAGUAGUAUAAACAAUACUUUUCGAACUGUUCGAUAGUGCCAAUCACCACUGUACGUAUAUACCCGUAAAUGAACCGUAAUGCCAUUUAAGAUUGUGUUAUCGCCGUGAAAUUAUAUACCUUAUCAGAUUUAUCGCUGCAAUUAGCAUAGUAAUAUUUAUUUUUCUGUCACAGUUUUAGUGGCGUAUUUUCUUAGAGGAGGGAGUCCGCAGUUUAUAACGUACGCAUGGGCAUAUUUUGGAGGGGUUCGAUAUUAAAUAUGUUUGUAAAUUCCAAUCGUCUAAUUGUCCAACUAUAACUUAUUUUAAUCUAUCGACCAUUAGUUUUUCCCUGCGAUAUAGAAUAUCGCAUGUUUAUCAUACAGUUACAUUAUCUUAUCUAGUUGCCUCGCUUAAUAUUUAUUCGUAUGUUUAGAAAAACCAAAAGCACAACGAUACCACUAUACAAAUGUGUAUAACUUCUGUAAAUAAUAUUCCUCAACUGUGCUGCAGGAAUAUUUAGCCGAUUUGAUUCGAUUUUUUUUUUUUUUUUGAGUCGGCUUUCAGAAAAAGAUUAAUUUUUUCACAGUUUACCAUCUAUUUUAUAUUACCAGUAUUCAAAAUGUUGUUUUUGAAAGUAUUAUUUAUCUAUUGAGUAGACCCGCAGUAGUAGGUACUUCAAUCUUCGAAAUUUCUACAAACAAGCCUAAUGAUUAAAUAGGUAUCGUUUCCAAUAUUAUUCUAACCUACAAUUUAACUGUAAAUUCGCGCAGUUAGUUAACAUUAAGUAAUAAAAGAACAUUUCGAAAGAAUACCUACUCGAAUAAUUAAUUCUGUUAAUAGUAAUUACGAGUAUUUUUUUUAGUGUGUUUCAUUUUUUUUUUUUUUUUAAUGACAAUAACCAAUCGAUGAUAACCGAUGAUACUGCAUUUAAAAUACACAAUGAUAAUUGAUUUUACAUCUUUAAUGACUGUAAUAAUAUAAUGUGUACAUACAGACGUCGUUUUGUUUGACAAUUACGUAGAAUGGAACUAUAUUUUAAAUACUUACUUGAUUUUUAAUAACAACAAACUACAAUCAAUCGAGUGCUCAUUUAUAAACACUCAUAUCAUAAACGGGUGUUGUUGACUUUUAAAAUGAGACUAUGGCCAAACACAAACGAAAUCCGAGAAACACAUUGUAUCGGCCAAGGCAGGGAGUCGGGGGCGCGCUAUUGUGUAUAUUAUGAAAACAAAAACGCCGUGUAACAAUCGCAUAGGCAACGAUAAUGCGCGGACAGCCGGGGCGUAAUAAUUACACAACGAUAUGUGAAUUUUCGAUACGAAAAAAAAAAUUAUUCAAACGACAAUCUAGAGCGGUUAAAUGGCCGAACAAAAUUAUAAUAUUACAAAAUGCGCUCGUCCGAUCAGAAAUGGCGCGUAGAAGGACGAGCGUAGAAUUUCAGUAAUGUUAUAACCGCGAGGUAUGGCGAAGUUUAAUUUUCUGAAAUUCGCUAAAUUUCGGAAAUAUUAUUUUUUUAGAUGCCGAGCGUAUUUUUUUUUUUUCUAACUAAUCGCACGCAACCGGUAUAACUAAAUAAUGAUAUUCAACCACGGCAACCGAAAUCUAUACGAGUUCGCCCAUUAUUUACCGAUUAAAAAUAAUAUUCGAAUACAUGAAUUAAUAUGAACGUCUAAAUAGGCACAAGGACAAAAAACUAAGCGAUAUCCGUACAAAAAAAAAACGCUCCGCAAACUCCGUGUAAAAAAAAAAUAAAAAACUGCCGAGCGUACAAAAUGCAACUGUAAAAGACGCGAUAUAUUGUUAUAAUAAAUUGUGGCAGUUACCUAUAUUAUAUUUUGCGAAUGUAAAACGUCCAAAAUGAUUAACGUGACGUCUGUAACUGAACUUUGGGAGUGCGGUUCACUUGUAUAUACAAACAGAAAAUUAAAAUCCAAUAAUACCGGGUGUUUUGGUCGGGAUAAAAGUUAACGCCGAUAACGUCGUUCUAAUGAAUUAUUUUUAAAUAACCCAAUACACGAUAUUAUAACAAUAAAUAUUAAUUCUAAUACAUUAUUGUGAUUGCGAAUGUCUGUUAAAUAUUAUAGCGAUAAUUUUUAGUUCACCUUCAGCGUAAUAUUUUAUAUUGUUAUUGUAAAAAAAACGUCGAUAUCCCCCUCUGCACCAUAAAACGUAUUUCAUUACAGCGUUUUGUACGAUUUUUAUGUUGUUGCAACGAAACCGUUUUAAAUAUUAUUUUAUAAUGUGUUACAAUAUAGUAGGUACACAUUAUUUUAAAACGUUUGUUUAUUUUAUCUUUUUAAGUUGCCGGUUUACCGCGGUUUAGGUUCAUUAAAUUAUAAUAUUAUAAUUUGAUGAUAUAUAAUUCUUUUUUUUUCAUUUGUAUUAUAUUUUUUGCGCAUCGCGCAUGAUAAUAAUAAUUAUUAUUGUUCGCUGACAAUAUAAUAUUUCACUUGGUGUACUAAUGUUAUUUUCAAUUUUGAGCGUAUCGAAAUAGCUAUUAUAGAAAUUUAUAGUAUAAAGUCAACUGAGAAUUUUUCUUUUCGCGCCCGUAAAGUGACCUGUGGGAUCAUCUUAAAAAUUUGCAUGUAUUUAUAUUCGAUUUAAUCUAGCAACCGUUGUCGAAAAAACUUGAAAAACCAAACUAUAAAUACACUGUAUAAGUUUACCAUUAUUUAAUUUGAAUUUCAAUGUCUAGUGAAAACAUUAUAAAAUAAGAAAUUUGUUUAUUUUUCAACUAAUAUUUCCCCGUUUUAUGGCCAUCUGUUUUCAAGGACGUCUCCAGACCUUGGCUAUGGGGGGGGGGAGGGAGAAAAAAAAUUGUGUCAAAUAUAUUGAUUAUAUCUACUUCUGGACCAAUGGCUAUACCAAAUGCCAAUUAAAGUCUGAUUCUUCACCCCCCCCCUUAUAAAGACGCCCCUUUCUGUUUAUAUAAUAAUUAUUAUCACCCGGUAAAUUAAUUAUUAUAGAUAAAUAUAACGAAUAACAAUAACCGUAUUGGCUAUCAAAUUACAAAAUUACCCUAUUUUUACAAAUUAAAUUAAAAUGAGUGAUCAUAGGUGUAGACGGCUUCUCCAUACCUUACAAGAUGCUGAUUUUUCGGGCGGUAGCGUUUUACUUGAACAAUUUUUAAAAAUGUCAACAGUUCAAUCCAUUCGAUCUUUUUUUUUAGUUUAUUUCUCGGAAAACACCUCUCCAGCAAAAAUUCUCAACGUGAUUUACUCCGUAGGUACCUUGAAAAAAACAAUUCUAGAUAUCAAACAGCUCUUGCUCAGGAUAGUUUUAUGAUUGCAAUUACUUAUCGUUACUUUCAAUGUACAAAAGUGGCUUAUAUAAUAUUAUUAUUUUACUUAUUAUAGUACCCAUGGUAAGAAUUAUGUCCGGUUUUUUGUUUGAUUUAUAUGUAUACCUAUAGAUUUUAUAUUUUAACAUAAUAAUCAUACAGAAAUAUAAGUUUGGAUGUUUAAUUUAUCGUUCGGCCGAAACGUUGAAAACAAUUUUCUAUUUACUCAUUAUAAAUACAAGGAGGAAAUUAUUUGGAGAUAAUAACGCACGGCACAUUAUGUAUAAUAAUAUGCCAGUAUGCAACCACAGUACUACACAUUAUUAUUAUAAUAUAUUAUGUGCAACACGUUGUGUAUACACGAUAAGAUAAAAAAUUAUCAAUAUUGAAUUCCGGCUAUAUUUUAUGAAAGCACAAUGAUUAUUAUUAUUAUUUUUUUUUUUUUUUUUUGUUCAAUCGAAACAUAAAAUACGAUGAUUAAUUAAAUAUCAUUAACUUAAUAUUGUAACUCGGUGUGUAGAAUAUUAUACAAUGUGUUAUUAUUUCUAACAGACUUUAGUUUUUAUGAAGUGUGUUACAGCGUGAGGCAUUAUCGGGAUUCUGGACGGAUAAAAAAAUAUUUCAUAAACGUUAUUAAUUAUAAUUAUUGUCAAACACGCACUCCGUCUAAUUUUUAAAAUAAUCGAAACACAAAAAGUAUUUGUAUUACUCACGUAUAGGUGCAUUGUGUAAUGUACAACUACGUAAACAUUACAUUUAUUAACAGUGCAUCAUACUUACGCGUAGUGCGAAUGCAAUGUAGGAGAAAACAAUAACAUUCAAAUAUUAAUUUAUACAUUUUUUACACCCAUACCACUACUCUGUGCUGAUGUAUUUUCAUUUCAAAUUCCAUGUUCAUACAAAUUUUUAGUGGUUAUCUCACUAAAUUUUCAAAAAACAAUAUAUUUAUUUUGGAAAUUUUUAAAACAGAAAAUCGAAAAUUAAUUUUCUAUAUUUAGCAUUUCAUCAGUGAAUUCAUAGGUACAUAAUUAAAAAAAAAAAAGACUGACAUACUUCGCACGUUAGUGCAGCCACUAUUUUAAGUGGAAAGUUGGCAAGGUAGGAUACAGACGAGAAUUUAAUCUGUUAACAACAAUAAACCAUUGCUAACGAAAAAACGAUUCUGAGCGGAGUUCAGUUGAUAGUAUUGUUUUGUCAUAUUACGGUAAAAUGAUUACAACCAUGUACGUUUCCAUGACAACUGUGAUUGUUUAAAAAAUAUUUAAAUAACAAAAUAAAAUAAUAAAAACGGUUGCCAAUAACAAACUUAUUUUUAAUCUUUCAAUCUUUUUUAACCUAAAGAACCAGGGUUUUCUCAUUAUCUCGAAUAUUAAUGAGAAAUCCAAAAAAUGUCCCCUUUAAAGUACCACCCAGAUAACAUUUCCUUUCAGAAAAGGUACUACACUUGAAAAUCGUAGUACGCUUUCUGGUAAAAAAAGUAUUCACAUAAAAAAUAAGGAAUAAACAUCGUAAAUUCAAUCGUUAAUCUCAAUGAUAAAAUUUGUUUUAAAUAAACGUAUACGUAUUAUCUCGACUAAUUGAUCGGUUUUAGUUAAAUUGAUAAAUUGUCUUACUUUGGAUGUUAACAUGUUUUUUCUUCUAUUAUAACAUCGAUUUGUGUUUUCUUUAAUCCUUAAUGGUUAACGGUUUUCAUUUCGAUAUCGUUUUAAGAGAAUAUAUGUAUUAGCAUUAGAAUACUAUUCAUUUAUUUAUUUAUUUUGGGAAACACAUGAAUCAGUAAUUUUUGUAUACAUAGUUCUUUUACUAAAUAUUUAAAUGCACUCUGAAUGUUUUUCUUAAAUGAAACACUAGUUUCUGGGUUAUUUAUUAAACGUUAGGUACAAUAUGUUAACAUGACAAAAUUCAACCGUUUUUCAAUGUAUAAAUUUCCUAACCGAUUACGAUGAGAAUGAAUAAUAUCGAUGGCCGAAGAAUGAUUUAUUGCACUCGGUUUUUUUUCCAACAAUUUUACCAACAGUCGAUUUCCUGUACACAAUAAUUUAUACUAUUGAAGGUCAAACGAAAUGUCCAGUAUUAUUGUAAGACGUGUCCUCUACAUAAUAUUUCUGCCAAUAUUGAAGCUUUCCAUUUACCGUGGGUUCUGCACGGUUUAUAAUUUUCGACCCACAGGACCGGAUAUACAGUUAUAAUCUGAGAUCGCUCGAGCAAGACAGGCAUACAUUUAUAUAUAUAUUUUUUUUUACCCGUAUCAAGACCGAACAAGAGUGCAAGACUACAUUUUUUUAUACAAACCGGGCGGAACUCGUCGGUACUGCAUAAAAGACUACACACAAUAUUAUUAGAACGUAUACCUUCUCAUUUCUGGUUUUUAAACACGUUUCCAGGGCAAAUUUUGUAUAUAAGCCAUCUUCGUAUCAACCAUAUAUUAGGCGUUUAGCUGUACAAAAUGGUAAUUGACGAUGACGUAUACAAUACUUGUACUUAUUUUUUUAUUUUUUCAAACUUUUAAAUUAUAGGAUUUUUGACUUCGCUAUAUUUAAUAAUUCUAUAAACGAAAUGUAUUGUAAAAUACCGUUCAGGAUAUUAUAGAUUUUCGAAUUUGUUAACGAUUCCACAAGAGCUAAUUUCUGGAUCUCGCAUUUAUAAUAUUCAAUGUUCAUAAGAAAUGUAUAAUAAAAAAAUAUGGAAAAUAACAUCGUGUAUUAUUAUUACAUUUUCAAAUCUAAUAUUGUUUAACUCAACAUUGAGUAACAAAUAAUAAAGGUACUUAAUAAAAUUAUUACUAAUAAAUAAUAAUAGAGAUACAAGUGAAAGUUUUAACAAUAUUGACAAGGGAAAGUCACAUAUGUUGUUUGAGUAUACGUUUACUAGCGAAAAAUUACAUUUUAAGUGCUUACAAAUUUGUAUACUGUCAAACAACAUAUACUGUAAACGUAUACUCAAACCAAAAGAUCUUAAAAAAUCCAAUUCUUAUUAAUAGGUCGAAUCAGGUUUAAUUGAUACAAUUGUCAGUAUUAGUUGUGUAUAUUUAGAAUCUUGUUACAGGCUUCCUCCUUAAUUGAAGGGGUCAAUAAAGAUGUUAACUGACAUUUUAGAUACUGACUGAAGCGAGGAAUAUAUUGGUUUUACAAUGAUGUUUAUUUUAUUUUUUAUCUAUGAAAAACUUUUCCACCAGUAAUUUUGCUCCGAUUUACAAGUGUAGCCCAUUUUCUGAAAGGAAAUCUGACUGAGGUGGUACUUUAAGGAAGUCAUUAUUUAGUUUUCCCAAGGUUUUUCCCAACAAAUGAAAAAAACUGAAAAAGAAACAUGAGAAAACUGGAAAAAAACGUAGGGAAAACGGGAAAAUAGGGUUAAUCGUUACUUACGGAUGUACAUUAAAUUAUCUAUAAUAAUGGACCCGUAUAAUAAUAACCCGUCCCCAUUAUCUUAGGACAGCUUUUUAAAAUUUAAAAAACGAAGCAUGAUUUGAAACGAAAGUUUAUAAAAUACAUUUGUUUGAGUUAAAAUUAUAUAUUAUAAUAGCCAUGGGUGAAUAAAAUGGCCUCGCUUUAGAGUCCCAAAUAAGACUUUAAUGUAAAUGUCUAAACAUUUCUGGGUAUUAAUUUGCUAUGCAAUGUUAGUUAACAUCCUUAUUGAUAUAUUAAACGUGUUAACAUACUAUAACAUUUUUAUUCGCAAAUAAAAACUACAAAUUAUGUAAUUUAACACCUUUAUAAAUAGAAAUCUCCACAACUGUAUACAUCUGUAAUAUAUUAAUAUAAUUAUUAUUAUUUCUCUGUUUAGGAAAAGAAAUUCAGAUCUAUAUUCUAGUCUAGUUGAACCGAUGGCCGCAGCAGGUUUCAACAGAGACGCUACGCAACUGAGGACCAAGUGGAAACAUUUAAAACAAGACUACAAAGUGGAGUUAGUUAGAAUCGAAAAAAACGGUCCGGCGGGUUCAAGACUAUCGUACUUUCCCCUGCUCCAUGAAGUAUUAAGCUGCAAACCGAGGAACGCCAUGACAUAUCUUUGUGAAGUCGUUUCUAGUGAGUUUUCAAUAAAUUACAUUUUAGCCUUUAUAAUAAAUUCAAAGUAAAUACAAGAAAUAUUCUUAAAAAUCUAUGAUUGAUAGAAAAUAUUUGUAGUAAACGUUACUCGGAUGAAUUGCUCAAUAUGAGUCUAAUAAUAUGCAAUUAUAAUAUUUUGUAUUUUUUUUUUUUUUAUUAGAUUCUCCUCCACCGAUUGACGCCGAGGAAAGUAUAAAGACUGAAUACAUGAACGAUAUGGAAAUGGAUAAUGAUUAUUACGGCGUGACCGAACCCCUAAUAGAUGUCGUUCAAAUGUGCGACGUCCAAACGCAGACGGAUUCGACGACAGAACAAAACAUAUUACUCAAGUUGCACUCUCUGGAAAACAAAAUCAAUGUUCUCAGAGAGGAUUGCCGGAGAGAUCGUGAGAUGCAGAACGCGAUGUUGGAGAAAACUAUGAAGAAGGUGUUGAACCAACAGAAGAUGUUGAUGGACAAAUUCUUCCCGGAGAGUAAAACCAAAAUAACAACCUGCAAAACCAAAGACUGAAGUUCCGGCGUUUGCGAUGCCGAUAUUUGAAACGCCUAGCUGUGAUUCGAAUAAACGUUGCACGAUUUCGUGAAAACGCUUUACCUGACUAUAUAUUUAUGAUAAUGACUUUUGUAAAUAGUAUCAAUGAUUCGUAACACCGUAAUACGGUCGUGUCGAAAUUGCGAUUGUAAAUAAAAUGAUUAAUCUAUGUUUA